CAAGUGGCUUUAUUUGAGAUAAAUGCAUACAAAAUACAGAGAGAUUUUUUUUAAAAAAAUGCACCAAAAUUUCGAGGGGUCAGCUAAAGCCCCUUCAAGUUACAUGUCAUUCCUUUCGGAUCGUAGGAGUAAAAACGGAAGGAAGGAAAGGGGGGCACGACGACGACAAGGAUGAUAUAUUGAUCCAAUGGCUGUAUUCAUAUUCAGAUACGCCAUAAUCUCCUUUUCAUUGAUCCACAGGUCCUCUUAUAAACUGUCUCUCCAUUCUCAACCCCAGACAUCACGCUGAAAUCAUGUUAGCUGCAGCGGCUUUAGCUUGGCUUUGCCGGGUUGUAAAUUUACUGCAGCUGGAAAAGGAUUAGCCAUUUUUUUUCUGGUAACCCAGCUUUAACUGCUCAAAGAUAAGACCCAUUUACAUGAAAGGAGCGAAGGAAGGAGGAGGACAAGACCAAACUGCAAUGAAUGAAUAGAUAGAAAGAUAAAUACAAACAUUUUUAAAUACGUAGAGGAUUUUUAUGUAACAUGUAUCGAAAUGAACAUGUAUCGAAAUGUAAUUUCCUCUAUUUCCACAAUAGGAAAAUGCAUCUGAACAGACAGCUUGUUGAAAUGUAUCAAAGGAAGCCAUCCUUCUACUGUUUUACUAGUUAUGAUCAAAGAUGUGAUCACGAAUCAUUGAUCUUACAAGAAGUCUCUCUUUCUGCCUAAUAUUUGGUGUUCCUUACAAACAAUAACCAAAUAGCAUUUAGCAAAAAGUGAAAUCUAUGAACAUUUCAUGGUAUUUGUACAAGGUUUAGAAAGUUAUACAAAUGGAACUUCGGUUUAAUAAAUCACCGGGUAUAUUAUAUGGAACAUCAACGUAUCCACAGUUUAGAUUUAUGAACACGUGUAUCAAAAUUAAUCUAUAAAUCUUAACAGAUGGUUUACAUUGUAAUGUAGACACAUACAUACAUAUCUCCAAAAUGUGUGUUACCUAUGGACUUUACAUACAAAACCUAUUGAUAUAAAUGUCAUUGACCUUACUUAUUACAGUCUUCUACGCCUACUGUCCUUCCACUAUGGGGGGAGGGGGGAGGGAAAUCUAGCGCUCUGGUGUUGAACAAGGCUUAGGACUAUCCAAUGUGUGUUGCUGAGUUUAAGUUGCAAAAUAGUAUUUCAGCAAAGGAUACAAAAAUGGAUAUUGUGUACAGUUGCAAUAGUGACACAGCUACUAAAUAACAUUUAUCAAAGUGCUUUCCAUGUCAGGUAAGUUGAAACAAUAGUAAACACCGAUAAAAAAAUGGUCCUUUGUACCCAGAGCAUUGUAUUAAAUAAUAUUUUUCAUCGGCAAACUUCUAUUGACUCUUCCCAUCUAACCCCCUUCUCGUCACACACAAGCUGAUUUCAGAUCCAGCAUUGUUGAUAUUUAUUCCACUCCAUCACGCAAAUUAUCAUAUUCUGCUUUGAUUCACAUCUUGUACCAUCUCUUUCACUUCAGACAGUGAAGCUGCAGAGGGUAUAAAUCAGGCCAGGAUUUGGCCCAAAUGCAUAACGGUGUUAAUUAGAUGAACUGGGAAGAAGUGUAGGAGUGUGAUGGAAACUUGCACUCUCUCAGUUGUCAACCAAUUAUUUAAGGCAGCCCAGUAUAAAAUAAGGCACAAGUUUCCCUUGUUUACUUUUUUUAAAAUGUUUGUUUUACCACUGAACCAGAUAUAGAGCUGGCCAAACAGGAAAAAAAAAAAAAAGAAGAAGAAGUUAGUAGCUGAUGGAAAUUCCUCCGCCACGGGGAAAACUGGUUAUUAUUGUCGUCUUGGUUUGCACUGAUGACGAUAGGUGAUCUCCCUAUUCAGUAACUGCAGCAGGGGAAUAGUAACUUUCCGAGGCAGAGAUUCCCCAGUAAGCGCUUCGGGACCUGCAGGGUUAUUCUCUCUGUGUGUCUCUCUGUGGCAUGCACACAAACCAACUAGAGCUCUGGGCUCUCCCCCCUCUCUCCCCUGUGAUGCAGCCUGCUUGACGUGCGCUGGAUCCAAUAGGCUGUCGCCCCUGUGGGUGUUGCUACACACUCAUUGGUUGGCAGGAGCAGGGCGCUGCGCAAAAACAGAAAAGCCGAGCGCUCGGAGCUCAGAAACUGCCAGUAGAGAUCACAGGAGCUGGAGCUGGGACAGGAGGAGAGCUGCAGCGAGAGAGCGCGUGAGAGGGAAGAAAAAGCACCAAGAGAAGAAAGACUAAUCAACACAUCAAUAAAGAGCAAAACGAUGACCAUCAUCAUAACAAUGGCAAUAAAAGAAGAAAAUAUAAAUAAAGGAAAGAAAAUAUAAAAUAACAAUAAUUAUUAUUAUAAUAAAGGAGAAAAUCCCAGAGAAAUUCAGAGAAUGAAAGUUUUGGGCGGCAAACCUUCUCUCUGCCUUUUUGAUAUUAGAUCCUUUUGCUGGUUAUAUUUUUUUUUCAUUUUUUCUGCCUUUUUCUGCAUCUAAAGAGGGCAUGUCCAGCGGUUCCUCCAGCAGCCUCUACCCCUCCUGCUCCCAUCAGGAAGGCAAACCGAGGACAAUCUUGAAAUAUAAAAAUUUCCUCCUUGGGAUUUGCUGCUGCCGCUGCCUCCACUGCCGCUGCAGCGGUGCAGUGCCAAGACUCUCGGAAUAAAUAAGAGCGGGCUACUGUGUAUACUGUGUGUCUAUCUAUCUAUCUAUCUAUCUCCAUACAGCUCUAGGUAUUAUUAGUUGGCCAUUUAUAUUGAAGAUCACAGAUGAGGUGGGAACGCCUAUCUUCUUCGUUUGCUCAGCGUGUGAAAUAAUCAUAAGAAAGAGGGAAAUGGGGAAGAAAAACUCCUAAUAUGAAGCAGAAGGAAUAAUAAUAAUAAAACCCCUAGAUCGAAAUCCCACUCAGAUCCCCCUCCCUGCACGCACGCACACUGCCCGCAGUAUUUUGAGAGGAGGAGGUGGUGGUUUCUGAAGGAGGAAGUGGUGUUGGAGGGGAUCUCUUUCCCCUUUUGGAGAUGAUUGUGCUAUUCCUCCUUGCUUUGCUCUGGAUGGUGGAGGGAGCCCUUUCUCAGCUUCACUACACGGUGCAAGAGGAGCAGGAGCAUGGCACGUUCGUGGGGAAUAUCGCCGAGGACCUGGGCUUGGACAUUACAAAACUUUCGGCUCGCCGCUUCCAGACGGUGCCCAACUCCCGGAGCCCUUACCUGGAGCUCAACCUGGAGACCGGGGUGCUGUACGUGAACGAGAAGAUCGACCGGGAGCAGAUCUGCAAGCAGAAUCCCCCCUCCUGCCAGCUGCACCUGGAGGUCUUUUUGGAGAACCCCUUGGAGCUGUUCCGGGUGGAGAUCGAGGUGCUGGACAUCAACGACAAUCCGCCUUCCUUCCCGGAGCCCGACCUGACCGUGGAGAUCUCCGAGAGCGCCACGCCGGGCACCCGCUUCCCACUGGAGAGCGCCUUCGACCCGGACGUGGGCACCAACUCGCUGCGCACCUACGAGAUCACCCCCAACAGCUACUUCUCGCUGGACGUGCAGACCCAGGGCGACGGCAACCGCUUCGCCGAGCUGGUGCUGGACAAGCCCCUGGACCGCGAGCAGCAGGCGGUGCACCGCUACGUGCUGACCGCGGUGGACGGGGGCCAACCCCAGCAGCGCACCGGCACCGCCCUGCUCACCAUCAGGGUGCUGGACUCCAAUGACAACGUGCCCGCCUUCGAGCAGCCCGUCUACACCGUGUCCCUGCCGGAGAACUCGCCGCCGGGCACGCUGGUGCUGCAGCUCAACGCCAGCGACCCGGACGAGGGCCAGAACGGCGAGGUCAUCUACUCCUUCAGCAGCCACAUCUCGGCGCGGGCCCGGGAGCUCUUCGGCAUCUCGCCGCGCACGGGCCGGCUGGAGGUGAGCGGCGAGCUGGACUACGAGGAGAGCAGCGUGUACCAGGUGUACGUGCAAGCCAAGGACCUGGGCCCCAACGCCGUGCCCGCCCACUGCAAGGUGCUGGUGCGGGUGCUGGACGCCAACGACAACCCGCCCGAGAUCAGCUUCUCCACCGUCAAGGAGGCGGUGAGCGAGGCGGCCGCGCCGGGCACGGUGGUGGCCCUGUUCAGCGUCUCGGACCGGGACUCGGAGGAGAACGGGCAGGUGCAGUGCGAGCUGCUGCAGGGCGACGCGCCCUUCCGCCUCAAGAGCUCCUUCAAGAACUACUACACCAUCGUCACCGAGGGGCCGCUGGACCGCGAGCAGCCGGGCGGCGACGCCUACACCCUGACGGUGGUGGCGCGGGACAUGGGCGAGCCGGCGCUGAGCACCAGCAAGUCCAUCCAGGUGCGGGUGAGCGACGUGAACGACAACGCGCCGCGCUUCAGCCAGCCCCUCUACCAGGUCUAUGUGAGCGAGAACAACGUGCCGGGCGCCUACAUCUACGCCGUGAGCGCCACCGACCGGGACCAGGGCGCCAACGCCCAGCUCGCCUACUCCAUCCUGGAGAGCCAGAUCCAGGGCAUGUCCGUCUUCACCUACGUCUCCAUCAACGCCGAGAACGGCUUCCUCUACGCCCUGCGCUCCUUCGACUACGAGCAGCUCAAGGAGUUCAGCUUCCAGGUGGAGGCCCGCGACGCCGGCGAGGAGCCCCAGCCCCUGGCCGGCAACGCCACCGUCAGCAUCAUCGUGGUGGACCAGAACGACAACGCGCCCGCCAUCGUCAGCCCCCUGCCCGGCCGCAACGGCACCCCGGCCCGGGAGGUGCUGCCGCGCAGCGCCGAGCCCGGCUACCUGGUGAGCCGGGUGGCGGCGGUGGACGCGGACGACGGGGAGAACGCCCGCCUCACCUACAGCAUCGCGCGGGGCAACGAGGCCAGCCUCUUCCGCAUGGACUGGCGCACCGGGGAGCUGCGCACCGCGCGCAAGGUGCCGGCCAAGCGCGACCCCCAGCGGCCCUUCGAGCUGGUGAUCGAGGUGCGCGACCACGGGCAGCCGCCGCUCUCCUCCACCGCCGCCAUCCAGGUGGUGCUGGUGGACAGCGCGGUGGAGCGCCAGGGCGGCGGGGGAGGCGGCGGCCUGGGCGCGGGGGGCGGCGGCGCGGGAGGGGCGGGAGGGGAGCAUCGCCCCAGCCGCUCCGGGGGCGAGACCUCGCUGGACCUGACCCUCAUCCUGAUCAUCGCCCUGGGCUCGGUGUCGUUCAUUUUCCUGCUGGCCAUGAUCGUGCUGGCCGUGCGCUGCCAGAAGGAGAAGAAGCUCAACAUCUACACCUGCCUGGCCAGCGACUGCUGCCUGGGCUGCUGCUGCUGCUGCCCCUGCUGCAGCCGCCAAGCCCGGGCCCGCAAGAAGAAGCUGAGCAAGUCGGACAUCAUGCUGGUGCAGAGCUCCAACGUACCCAGUAACCCGGCCCAGGUCCCCGUGGAGGAAUCGGGCAGCUUCGGAUCCCACCAUCACAACCAGAACUACUGCUACCAGGUCUGCCUCACUCCGGAGUCAGCCAAGACCGACCUGAUGUUCCUCAAGCCCUGCAGCCCAUCCCGGAGCACUGACACUGAGCACAACCCCUGCGGGGCCAUAGUGACAGGUUACACGGACCAGCAGCCAGACAUCAUUUCCAAUGGCAGUAUAUUGUCCAACGAGACAAAACAUCAGCGUGCAGAGCUCAGUUAUCUAGUUGAUAGACCCCGACGAGUAAACAGUUCUGCAUUCCAGGAAGCAGACAUAGUAAGCUCUAAGGACAGUGGUCAUGGAGACAGCGAGCAAGGAGACAGUGAUCAUGAUGCCACUAAUCGAGGUCAAUCCUCUGGCAUGGAUCUCUUCUCCAAUUGCACAGAGGAAUGUAAAGCGUUGGGCCACUCGGAUCGGUGCUGGAUGCCCUCCUUUGUCCCAUCCGAUGGACGCCAGGCUGCAGAUUAUCGCAGCAAUCUGCAUGUGCCCGGUAUGGACUCUGUUCCAGACACUGAAGUGUUUGAAACACCAGAAGCUCAGCCUGGGACAGAGAGGUCCUUUUCCACCUUCGGCAAGGAGAAGGCCCUUCACAGUACUCUGGAGAGGAAGGAGUUGGAUGGACUGCUGACUAAUACACGAGCGCCUUACAAACCACCAUAUUUGAUAUGUCAGAGGUAGGAAGCCUGUGAGAGAACAGCGCGGAAAAGGAUAUGCUAGUCAAUUCUACAGGAUUUACCUGAAGCAGCAUGAUUUGCACAAAAGUCGACCAACAAAAAGCAUCAACUUUUCAACUUCAUUAUCUUGGCCAUCCAGUUCUAUGUAACUGAAGGAUUUGUGUGCUGUUGGAGACAUCAUAGCCAACAAUAGGACCUAAUUGCUCUCAGCAGGCCUGAGAAAUGAGUUGAAAUGUGUGGAACUGUAGAAACUUCAGAGGCAACUGAUCUUGCCUUUCUGAUCAGUGUGUGCCUGUUUACAGCACUAUAUAUCUUUCUCUCUCCAAAAUGUCACUGAGCCCUUUAGAUGUUUAUAUUCACCACAAGAAGCCAAUCGUACAGAUAAAAGAAAUGUGCAUUAUAAAUGCAAUAUCACUGUUUUAAACUUGACUGUUUUAUAUUAUUUUUGUGUGAUCAAGUGUUCCCCAAACUAUUCCAACUUUACAAGAGAGAUUGUGAUCAUAAUCCUUUCACCUGUGGGUCAUAAAAAUGUUGUUAAUCUGCAGACCCACAAAAUAUCAAAGACAUUCUGUAGUUUAUACACGUGUUGCAAAGUGUUUACUGUACUAUUUCAAAGCUUCUAAAUAAAUAUAAAUCUAUAUAUAUUAUAUUAUAUAUAAUUUUCCGAAAAAUGUGGUACAAUUUAGUUGAUUUUUAAAUGGAUUCAUAUAGUCCAAACCAUACACUAAAGUGAGAAGGUGAUUCAGGGUCCCUAAAUUAUCCUUGCUAAAAAUAAAUAAAUCUUUAAUAAUAUUUCCCCAAUUUUGGUAUUUUGGUCAGUCCUGUUUUUCCUUUUUUGUUGUUGUUGUUGUUGUUUGUUUUUGUUAUUUUUAAAGCUGUAAGAAACAACAUUUUGUUUAGAAGUUGUACUGAAUUUUCAAUGCCAAAGAUGCAGCUGUCCGUUUUAUCAGAAUGAGUACUGACUAUGUACUAUCAAAAGUAUAUAUCAAUCUCCAUUAUUUUGAUUCUAUUUCUAUGGUUUUUAAUUUGGUAUCACAACACCUUUUAUAAAGGAUCUAUAAACUCACCUGUAUAUGUUGUUAAAAAGAACACUGGGUCUCUGUACAUUUUGAAAUGUAAGAUGUAAUGUAACUGAAGAUAACUGUUCUAAGGAAAUCCUCCAAAACUCCUAACACACACAUCUUUCUUUGACAUAAUUUUGUGCAAACCUAAGCAAAUAUAUAUAUCUUUUCAUCUUGGCUAGAAAUGGUUUUUGAUAAAAGACAAAUCACAAAGGCAUAGAGUUGGCUGAGCCGUUAUUUUUUCUUCGUUUUUUACACUAAAGAGAUUUGGAGUAGGAACAUGGCACAUUCUCAGACUGACCCUACUCUCCCUGGAAUUAAUGGGAAAUUGGCCAAUGAUUUCACUGGGAGCAGGAUCAAGACUGUCCAUACUAUCUUCACCUUUUUUUAAUAAUUCAACAGACUGAAAUGUUAUCUCACCGAUUUUUGUUCAUAUAUAUAUAAAAAACUUGUUCAAAAAGAAAAGCCUUGAAAAGUAAAGUUUAACUUUAUUUUCAAGUCCACAGAGUUGAAGUAUCAUUUACAAGUGUAAAAUCUAGUAGAUGUUUCCUUUUUUACAUUCUCUACUGUACUGUUCCUUCUAUGUUUUCUAAUUAUUGCCUGUCAAAUACUGAAAAGAAAUGAUAGAACUUUGUGUUAUCAGCCCAUUGACGUCAAUAGAACACGGAAUUCCCAUUGACUUCUAUGACUUUGGAUCAGGCCCUUAAAUCCAGAUUCUGAAAGCCCUUGUCAGUGCUGAGUAUAUGGCACAGCAUGAGGAAGAGUGACAGAAUCUGGCCUCCAAGUGGUGGGAGUUGUUUUUGUUUUUCCUUUUUUUCCAAUGGCAAUUGCUAUUAGAUAGAGACAUGCACAUCUUUUGUAUGGAGUCUGCGUACUAUUGAUCCACACAAGACUCUAACUGCUUUCAGUGAGAGUUCCAUGCACAGAAUGCUAUCUGGAUUGAGCCCUAACGUCAUCAGUUUAUUUCAUAAAUAUAACGAAACAGGCUUGUUAAACACUUUUAACACAUAUUUUCUAGCUUAUUUGUACAAUUUACAAAAACUUUUUGGGAUCAUUUUUAAAAUGUAUAUAUAAAAAUCACAAAAAAGCACAGAAAAUAACUGUUGAUCUGAACAAACACAGCAGUAGGAUGUUUCUUUAGUUUUAGGUAAUGGGACUUUAGUCACCUACAUGCCUUGUUAGUUUUAUGAAGAAUGGGCUAUUUUAGUAAUGAAAUGCGUGAAGUAUAUUUCAUUUGAAGAAGUCUGUCAAUUUGUUGUUGCUGCUUUUAAGGCAAGAAAGUAAUUGCCCUUCCUGGAACUGGUUUUGCUUUAUUCCUAAACCUCUCUUUAAACUGAGGUAUAUACUGUAAAAUAAGGUUGUUUUCAGUCUUGGGAGAAAAAAAAAAUCACAUUUUUCUUUUUUAAUAGACGAUUGAAGUGUU